CCCAAGACGGAAAUAACAUUGUCAUUGAACCGCUGGAUGGCAUGGCUCACGUGUGUGAAGGGGAAGGUAGCAGGUUUCAGUUCAUUACUUUGCUUUGUAAAAAGAGAAAACAAUAAUUUCCUGAGACACUUGCAUCGGAACAAAAACGUGAGUGUUAAAACCCUGGGAACUCAACGAACAGCGUUAAAUGUCAGGAGAAAUAGUGCACAAGUCUCCUUUAAUUUCUCAAAACAACAGCGCUGCACACAGUUAAACGACAUGGAGACUAAAGGGGCCACCAUGGAAGAAGACAGCUGUGAUACAGACAGCACGGUUAGAACAAACUGCGGUAAACGUAAACACGAGCAUACGGAUCAGGCAGCAAGACAAGGCCGCGGUAAGAAGCGAAAGAGGGGCGGAAAACAGCUGCGUCCCGGAGAGCGGUACGUGCCGCCUCCACAGAAACGCAACCCGGGUGUGAGUUUCAGUCAAGAACAUUUUGCGGAAACCUCCUACUAUUUUGAAGGCGGUCUUCGCAAAGUGCAUCCUUAUUAUUUUGAUUUUAAGACUUACUGCAAGGGACGUUGGGUUGGUAAAACUCUACUAGAGGUUUUCAAGAGUGAAUUUCGCGCGGAGUCUUUGGACUACUACAAUGAGGCUGUCAAAGAGGGGCGGAUUAAACUGAAUGAAACCCCUGUGGAUGACCUGAAUAUAACACUGAAGAACAAUGACUUUUUGAGGAACACAGUGCAUCGCCACGAGCCCCCUGUGAGCGGGCAGCCCAUGGAGGUUCUGGUGGAUGAUGGUGAAGUGGUGGUGGUGGAUAAACCUGGCUCGCUUCCUGUGCAUCCCUGUGGGCGCUUCCGUCACAAUACUGUCAUCUUCAUUCUGGGGAAGGAGAAAGGCCUUACUGGCCUUCACACAGUACAUCGACUGGACCGCCUCACCUCUGGUGUGCUGCUGUUUGCUCGUACACUCGAGGUCUCCCAAAAACUGGACGAAAUGGUUCGUGAGAGACAGUUAGAAAAGGAAUAUGUGUGCCGUGUGGAGGGGGAGUUUCCAGAGGGUGAGGUGGUGUGUGAGGAACCCAUCCUGGUAGUGUCCUUCCGUGUGGGCCUUUGCAGAGUGGAUCCCAAAGGCAAAGAAUCCCGCACAGUCUUCCAGAGACUGAGCUAUAACGGACGAUCUAGUGUGGUCCGCUGUCUGCCUCUCACAGGACGUACUCACCAGAUUCGUGUUCAUCUUCAGUUCCUCGGCUUCCCAAUCCUCAACGAUCCCAUAUAUGGGUCUUCUGCAUGGGGUCCUAAUAGAGCCAAAGGAGGGCUGGUAGGUAUGAGUGAUGAGGAGCUUCUAGAAGCUCUUAUAGAAGAACAUCGUUCAAAGGAGAGUCUGCACUUGUUGGAUUUGCCUGAUGAAGAGGUCUCAGGAAAACAAGGGCCGAAAACAGAAUGUAAGGUUGGUGCUGAAGAACACCAUGAUCAGAUAACGGUACUUGAGUCAAGUGGUGGUGCAUGUGGUGAUAGUUCCUGUAAAGUGCCUCUGGGUGAAGUGAAGGCAGAAGGCAGCCAAGGACUUCACAAGAGCACAUCUGCAGUCGAGUCUGAGGGCGAGAUGAAUGGUGCUCAAAAAGAAGCGAAUUCCAUCUCAGAUGAAGCCCCCAGAACUGCAAAAUCGAAUUAUUUUGUCAGAGAUCAUUUAUGUGGCGAGUGUAAAAUUGUGCGUCCUGACCCAAAAGAGAAGGAUUUGAUAAUGUAUCUACAUGCAUUACGCUACAAAGGAGCUGACUUUGAAUACUCAACCCGACUGCCUGGCUGGGCCAAAGAAGACUGGCUUCAGGAUUAAACUUAAAUCAGAUGUAUUCAUGCAACAUUUAUUACCAGAUACUACUGUGCACGAGUUUACAGGAAUGUUUUUUUUUUUAAACACACUUCGAUUACUGAAUACAUUAGUUGUGAAUUCAAAAUGACU